AUGUUGAGGGAAUAUAAGUUGGUCGUUGUUGGUGGUGGUGGUGUCGGUAAGUCAGCUCUAACAAUCCAGCUUAUUCAGUCGCAUUUUGUCGAUGAGUAUGAUCCAACUAUCGAAGACAGUUACAGAAAACAGUGUAAUAUAGAUGGCCAACAAGUGUUAUUGGAUAUCUUGGACACUGCAGGGCAAGAAGAGUACUCGGCAAUGAGAGAGCAAUACAUGAGAACUGGUGAAGGGUUCCUUUUGGUUUACUCAAUAAACUCAAGAAACUCUCUUGAAGAAUUGCAAUCUUUUUACGAGCAAAUACAGAGAGUCAAAGAUAGUGAUCACGUACCUGCCCUAGUUGUAGGGAACAAGUGUGAUUUAGAAAUGGAGAGACAAGUUAGCUACGAAGAAGGGUUGGCCUUGGCUAAUCGUUUCCACUGUCCCUUCUUGGAAACUUCUGCAAAGCAAAGAAUUAAUGUUGAAGAGGCGUUUUUCGAUUUGGUGAGAUUUACCAGAGACACUGAAGCUGCUUUGAACCAGCAACGAGAGGAACAACAAAAUAGAGAACGGAAUUCACAAACACAGGGUCAACAACUGCAUCAACUGCUGCAACAACAACAACAACAACUGCUGCAACAACAACAACAACAACAACAACAACAACAACCGUUGGGGGGUAUGGGAGUUGGCAAUUCACCGCCGAAACCAGUGCAUAAUAGUUCAAGCGGAGCUAAUGGGCUCGGUGGUUCGGGACAAGGACUGCAGCAACAAAAUCUGUCAAAAGGAGGUGGUGGUAAUAGGAAAGCCAAUUCACGAAACCAGCAAUCAAAAGCUUCAUCUCUGGAAAAAUCGAAAUCAGGUUGUUGUGUCAUUGCUUAA